AUGUCCAAGAGGCCAUCAUCACCUGUCCAGGCUUCGACUUUCACAGCUGGACCUUCACGGCACACGGACCUCUCAGCCAAAAAAAGGACAGCAGCCAAUGGCUCAGCACCUCACGAUGAAGAUGACGAGGGCAUGGGUGAAUUCGAGGAUCGGUUCGAAGACGAAUUCGAGAGCGAAGAUGACGGCGAAGUAGUCGAUGCUGCCAGCGACAGUGAUGAUGACGAGGAGGGCGAAGGCAUGGAGAUUGAUGGUGAGCAUAGCGCAAAUCUGCGCUGCGGACGAGACUAAUACUGCGCUGACAGACCUCAUCUCACUUUAUACACUUCCUCUCGCCCAGGUGUCAAAGUGUCCGGACGGAUACAAAGGCCAGAGGGAGAAGAUGACGAAGUCAGCGGUGGUCCUGAAACGCAGGCUUGGUUGGCUGGUGCGCAACCGUUAGAGGAAGGCCAAGUGCUGGAGCCCGACCAAUCAGCGUACGAGAUGCUACACCGAAUGGGCGUCAACUGGCCUUGCUUGUCAUUUGAUGUUCUGCUUGACAACUUGGGCCCGGCUGAGGAUAGGGUCAGGUAUCCUCACACCGCCUAUUUUGCUGCUGGAACGCAAGCGGACACGGCAAAGAACAACGAGCUAAUCGUCUACAAGGCAAGCUCUCUACACAGAACCAUCAAAGAUGGCGGUGAGUGCUCGCAAGUUCAAAGAUGCCGUGUACAACGACGACAGGCAAUGAUGCUUGAGGCAUUUGGCCACAUGGGCGCGGUGGAUUUUUCCUCCUUGCUGCCCACAUGCAGAAAAUAUCUCGCUACCUAAUUACACACCUCUGAGCCUCUUUGAGAAUUGACGACUUGGCGUUCGAUCGCUGUGACACUGUUGCAGCUUGCUGAGUAUGCCCUCCAAUUCCCCCUUUGCAGACGAAUCCGACGAUGACGAGGAUGACGACGACGACGAGGGCUUGGACGACGAUGCCAUCCUCGAGUCCAAGUCUAUCCCGCACCUUGGCGGCGUGAACAGGGUUCGAGCAGCCCCCGUCGCUCCUCCCUCUGCAGGGUCCGAACCGACGCUGGAUCCGUACCCUGUGGCCGUGUGGUCCGAGCUAGGCAGCGUGGGUAUCUGGGAUGUCCGACCACUGUACAAUGCACUGGAGCGUCCUGGUCCAUUCGACAAGGCGCGAGCUUCUAAAGCGCUUCAUACGGUGCCGCACUCGACAGAAGGAUACGCCAUGGACUGGGCCGGUUCAUCCUCGGGCGCAGGCAGGCAGAGCAGUCUGAGGCUGCUAUCGGGUGACGGCCACGGCCUGAUCAAGUUGACGACGUCCAACAACGCCGGUUACACUACCCACGCCGCACCCUUCACUAGCCACACCAGUAGCGUCGAGGAUUUGCAAUGGUCUCCCAAGGAACCCACUGUCUUUGCGAGCUGCUCAGCGGACCGAAGCAUCAGAAUUUGGGAUGUGCGGGUCAAGUCGCACAAGUCUGUCAUCGCGUUGGAUGAAGCGCAUGAGCAAGACGUAAAUGUGAUCUCUUGGAACAAGAAGACGGACUACCUUUUGCUUUCGGGCGGAGACGAAGGAGGAUUGAAUGUUUGGGACUUGAGGAAUUUCAAGCCUUCCUCGAGCAACGCAGCGCGACCUACGUCCGUGGCCAACUUUAGGUGGCAUCAAGCGCCCGUAUCUUCCGUCGAGUGGCAUCCCUCCGAAGACUCCGUCUUUGCCGCUUCUGGCAGAGACGAUCAGGUUACGCUUUGGGACUUGUCGGUUGAGAUGGACGACGAGGAACAACCCGGUAAUGCUCAGAAGGGACCGAAUGGAGAAGAUGUUCCCAGCCAGCUCUUGUUCUGCCACCAUGGAGCCAGCGAAAUCAAGGAGGUCCAUUGGCACCCGCAGAUACAGAGUAUGCUGAUCACAACGUCUGCGGACGGCUUCCACCUCUUCAAGACCAUUUCGGUCUAG